AAUCAACUUUUCUCCAUCAAUUGAUGUCAAAGUCUCUGUAGCAAAUUUAUCUUUAAAAGAAACAAAUCUCUUUGUAACUAGAGGCUUCAUCUCGCGACACCAAAACGCUUUGCUGUUUCUACUCUUUGGUUUUUCUGUUGUCAAAUGUUUCUUACUCGUUGUCCUGUUCCAAUUUCGUUAGCAAAAUGAUUGCCUAGUCUUAUCACUUAUUCCAUGAAACUAUUAAUAUUUAUUGUUUACCAAAUUGUAAGAAUAUCUUUUCCGUCUUAACCUUUACUCUAUUCUCAUUAUGGAUUCCACAGAUAAGUUAAGAUGUUCUGAAGAGACAGAUUUCGUUGUUCUUUAUUAUGACCAAAGUGAUAUCGAGGAAAUUGAUGAAAACGAAGACCAUUCGGUGAAAGAUGAUUUAAUAAAUAAUCUAACUCAACCUGAAGAUGCUAAUACUCCUUCAAGCUCAAACCAAAUAGAUGAACUUCAUUCUGAUGAAGGUCAUGAAAUCCCACUUAACAUCGCCAAUGGAGCUUAUCAGGAAAGAGUAUUCAAACCUCCUCCUUAUCCUGGAAAAUCAGCAUCGGAAGCUUCAGAACUUGGGUCACAAUCGAUCUUUUUUAUAGUCAUUGUGUUUGGUGUUCUUAUUUUCAUCAUUUAUCUUUUCCGAAGUCCUCCAAAUGCUCACGAACCUUCAGCACCUUUUCCACCUCCAGGCUUUAUAUCAGAUUAUCUCACUGGAAGUGGUUACAACGAUUAUACGAGUGGACCAUCAUGUGGACUGAGAAACACAAUGAGAACUCAAGGAGAGGGGCCAGGAUUUCGAACGGGAUUUAUGCUUUCUGAUUUCUGUGGUUACUCAUCAUCUCGUAAGAAUUAUAACUCAGAGUAUUCAAGAACUUCAUCUGAUCCAUUCAUACCUCCAGGAACUGUAACAGAAAUCAAAACUGGCUAUGCAAUCACCAAACGCCGUUAAUUGCCCAAUCAAAACCUCAAAAUCAUUGACGUUUAUUUCAUCAUCUCAAUUUUUAUUACUAAGCUGGAGAAAAAUCACAUUAAUCAUUUCAAUUCUCCAUUAAUUACAAUUGACAACAACAGUUAACACAUUGAUCAACAUCAUCAUCUCAAAUUUGAUUAACAAGUUGGACGACGAGUUAAAUUGUAACUAACCAAUUUAAUCUUUUCGGAUAAAAAUCUUACUGUUGCAAAUCACAUAA